CGUCAAUCGUUUAACGUUCGCAUGAGGAGCAGAGAACGCGCGCAAUGGAUAAAUUGGCAAUUUUUAAGUUGUUAAUUAUUUUAACUUUAUUUGGUCAGAAGUAUACAGAGGCCACAAAAUUAAACUUUCCCAGAGUUCUUUUGCCGAUUUUCGAUAAAAUUUCCAUUAAUUUUACUCUGCAAGUGAGUGAGAAGGGAUGCUACAAAUGGACUUCAUCCAGACAAGAUUUGAUACUAAUAACGCCGUUAUAUGAAGACGCUGACAAUGAGUGCUCCUUUGAGGCUACGGUCACUGUUCUAACAAGGGAGAGAAGGCGCAAUACAGCCAUAGUCUUGGCUGAGAAUGUUGCUACGGGGGAUUCGCUACGCUGCGAUGUUAUUUUGGACGUGAUAGAUAGGCUUGGAGUGGAAACGACCACACGCCAAUUAUACUUGGAGGAAGCUCCGGAGACAUUUGUUUUGCAUGCUGAAGAUACACAAGGAAAUGUAUUUACCACCUUGGAGGGAGUAGAAUUUAGUUGGGUAAUUUCUUCUUUAAAUAAAGAUAGCAAAAAUUGGUCACCCGCCCUCCGAUUUUUAACAUUCACCGAAAGUCCAUACCACGAAGUACCCAAGCCCCUUGAAAAAUUUGAAGCACAGGGUCUAAAGGGUUAUAUGCUACUACUGGAAGGAAUAAAUACAGGCACAGCCAAGGUCACCGUGAAUCUACCUUAUCCGGAGUACAGCUACGUGCAAUCUAUUGUUGUCUACAUCAAUGUUUUGGCCAAUAUAAUUUUGGAACCAUCAGAUGUAUACGUGCUCCCCGGCGAUACCAUAAACUUCCGGAUAUUACAAUUAAAAACAGGCCGUCUACAAGAAAUUUCCCUCAACAACCAAUACUUUUUGGAAAUUGAAGACGAGUCCGUGGCCAACAUGAAGGGAGUAGCUGCAACCGGUCUUAAAGCUGGAACAACAAUGGUAGUUUUACGUGAUCGUAAUGUUCGUAAUGAUGAUGCUUCAAAUAGUGGCGACAAUGGGGUACUCAAGAAUACUGUUCCCAGUGCACGCCUUACUGUAGCCAGUCCAAAAAAACUAGGCCUUAGUUUACUACCUCAUAACAAUUGGAUAACCGUCGAAGGAGAAAAGCAUGAAAUCGCCGUCGAUUUGUAUACAAAUGAUGAUCAUAAAAUUACCCUGGGAUCUCGUUACUCAGUCAGUUCGGAGCUAGACGAAUUGCUUUUCCUUGUUCAGAAACGCAGCAAGAAUGGUUCACGUUUAUAUGGCGAAGCAAUUAGAGAAGGUGUGACACCAGUGUAUGGUUCAUUCAAAGAGUUGACUGCUCAAGCUGAGUUGCAAAUCUACAGCGAACUCAAUUUGACGCCAUCAAAAGUCAUAUUGCCAUUCGAUCCAAAUGUGAUUAAAACGCAAAAAAUCCAAUUUCAAGCUAAGGGCGGUGAUGGUUCAUAUGUAUGGAUGUCACACCAUCCACGUGUCUUGCACAUAAAUCAAAACGGGUUAGCAACUACCGUCAUAAGGGACACAAAUACUAAAAGCGGCUAUGACACAUAUGAUGCAUCGACUGGAACUCUGCUGACUGGUCAUGCUCAUGUCAAGGUUGCGCUGGCAAAGAACCAGAAAAUAACACGACAUGCCGAUAUUUACUUUGUACCUCCGGUUAAACUGGAGAUCAUCAAAUACAAUUUUGAAACUGCACUCAAGGACUACGUGCAACUGCAUGUGGCCAUCUAUGCCUAUGUAAACAAGACCCUAAUGCCGCUAACGAAAUGUGAAAAUCUAGUAUUUGAUUUCGAGUUUACUAACCAAAUAUUCCAAGUGGAUUAUAAUGUCGAUGCGGGGAUAGAAAUGGCGCCGGAUGCCUGCCAAAUAGUUCACUUGCGUAGCACAGCUGUUGGUCUGACCCAUCUGAAAUUGUCCUAUAAAUUCCAGGACAAGAUCUUGAGGGACGAAGCAACACUCAGUGUUUUUGAGCCAUUGACAAUUUUGAACCCGCAUGAAAAUCAUGUCGUCUUGCCAGUGGGAUCGUCACGCAAUGUCAUAUACACCAAUGGACCCCAGAGGAUCUAUACCUUGGAGGCAGAGUUGACUAAAGGGACCGACUACAACCACAAUAUCGCUCGAGUGUCCGAAAUAGAAUUUGAUACACAAAACAAUUUGUACGCCUUCAAUAUAUUGUGCCGUGAAGUUGGCGAAUCCUCUCUGGUUUUCAAUGUAUUUAACACUUUGUUGACUCCAAACUUCCAACCCUAUGUAUCUACUAUAGAGACAAACAUCUAUUGCGUUAAGCCAAGAUUCUUAAAUUUGUACACCACGGAGCAGCUACGUUCCUCCUGUCCUCUGGAAAUGAGAAAUGCCUUGUUGCAACUCAAGGACCAUGAUGAUAAAUUCGAAAUAGAAAUUGAAGUUCAGGACGCCAAGAAUCGCAAAUUGAUGAACAUAACAUCGCUUUUUAUCGACUGGGAAUUUGCCACAGGUGAGCAACGCUAUCACAGUGGUGCCAUUAUGCAUCACCGCCAGUCCGAGGAAGAAUUUCUAGAAGGCAUACGUUUGCCAGGCAAAGAUGUGUUGGUGACAACGCUCAACGAAGUGGCCCAAAAUUUCCGCAUAAAGGGCGUAGUCACAAAGUAUGAUAGUGCAGUUUUAAGAAAGCAAAAUAUUUAUGGCGAAGAACCUCCAUUUGGCAUCAAGAAUCCCAGAACCGGGGAGACCAUCACGCCGGUAAUCGAAAACGAAAUCCGAUUCAUGACGGUCAACAGCACAUUUUUCCCCUCUGAUCACAUUAGCAUAUUUUUAGCAAAAGGAAGCCGGGAACGUAUUCCCAUGGCGCAGGGUAGUGGAUUUUAUGAUUUCCAACUGUCCGAGUCCGGUAUUGUCAAGGUGGGCUUUGAUAACAAAGAUAAGGAGCUGAUUGUAUCACCGCUUCGCAUUGGUCAUACAAGACUUGAGUUAAUUGAUCGGUGUUUGAUGAAUGAACCCGCACAUCUAUCCAUUUCGGUUGUGAACAUUGGAGCCAUUCGGGUUGAGGCUGCCGACAGAGUGGAGCGUACGAAGUCCAUUGAAGCCAUUGUUAAACUCUAUGAUUCUCAGGAUAACCUUUUACACGUUGAUCCCUUUAAUCUUAACAUCUAUGAGUUGUCCGAAGAAGUUUUCAAUACGAACAUUUUGAGUGUCCAACUUGGUGACCAAUUUGAUAUAGGAGUUGGUGAAAUAAGAUACAUCAUUACCGGAAACUACUUGGGCGAAACAAAAAUAGUUUUCAAUACUGGCAGCGGUGACAUGUUGGUAUCCAGUGAACCUAUCAAUGUUCAAGUAUUUCCUGCUUUGCGAUUGUACCCCCGCAAUACUACUCUUGUGGUAGGUUCAAGUGUGCAAAUAUACUACCAUGGUGGACCGCAUCCCGAUGUUAAUAUUGUCUACCAUGUUCAUGAUCAAAAAGUUAUAUCUAUGGAAUCAGCCAUUGUAACCGCUUUUAAAUUGGGUGACACCAAAAUCACCGGAAAGUGCAUUAUGACAAAUCCAAUUAAUGGCAAGGAGGUGGUAGUUUCCGAGGAUACUGUUGAGGUGCAUGUCGUACCUUUGGUGAAUAUACAAAUAAAGACACCGCUGGUGCGCAUACGUAGCGGUGCUGUCAUGCCAGCAUAUAUUUGGGGAGUGUCCGAUUUGUCGCCAAUGGUUUUGGGAACUUUGGAAAAUAUGCAUAUAACAUGGUCAACAAAUCAGCCCGAUGUAAUCAAUAUCUACAGUAUUUUUGCUGAUGCUGGCAUUGAAUAUUCGGAUACCGACCUAAUUUCUGUUCGAGUUAAGGCUUUAAAUCCUGGCAAAGCAAAAAUUCAGGCUACAGUCAAAUUACCCGGAGGUCAGAAAAUUUCCACGUUUGUUGAAGUGGUUGUUUUCAAAAUACUUGAACUGGAAUCCCCAAAACACAUAACCACUGACACUAUUUUGCUGGCACCACGUAGCUCCAUUCAAUUGAAGGCGAACUUGGAUGAUGUCCUGUAUAGACUAUCGAGCGAUAGCAAUUCAAUUGUUAAAGUGACACCAGAUGGUAUUGUACGCACUCAAGAGACACUGGGCAGAGAUUUAGUCAUAGCUAAAACAUUUGAUCAAACUUUGGCCAUCGGUAUUGAAGUUAAGAAUGUUCAAUACGUAAUGGCUUCAUUGGAGUACUCCACUAUAAAGUUGAAACACACUGAGGACAAAAUACCACGUGGCAUGAAUUUCAUUCUGAAAGUUUCGUUGCACGACAAUUUGGGCAAUGAAUUCUCGCACAACAUUGACGAUGUGAAUGGCUUGAAAUAUGACUUAUCCCACAAGGACAUUGUGGAUGUGCAGAUAGCCAAUAAUUUAACGGUUGCGAUAAAUCUGCCACGUGAAACGAACAACAUGAUUGCCAUAAGUUUAAGGGAUGCUACAGGAAUAAAGCACGCUGAGGAUUAUAUCAAACUGUCAGUUGGUGAUUCCAAGCAUAUUUAUCCCACAAAGACAAUUUUCUCCGUCGGUGACAUUAUCUGCUUUGAUUCUCCAUUACCAUUGUCAUCGGUCUGGUUGAGUUCGGAUGAACAAAUUAUCUCCAUCGACAGUCGAACAGGAGUUGGCAGAGUACUUGGAAAUCGGUAUAAAUUGGGCGAAAAAGUGCUCGUUACCAAUGGCGAUAAGGCAAGCGGCAAUUUUAUAAAAUAUGAUGUUGAAGUUCGUGAUGCCGAUGUGAUACAAUUUGAGAAAUCCUAUGACAUAUUUAGUGGGUCCUUGUACCGAGGACAUUUUGUUGUACGCAAUCACUUGCAAGUGGAUAAAUUUACAAAUUUGGUGGCCAGAAACAUAUCCAAGUGCUCCAGUGUUUUAGAUAAAAUUCCUGUUAAACUGUUUACAUGUGUGCUCAAAAGCAAGCAAUCGUUAGGCCAAAAGCUUCUAGAACACUACAAGGUCACACCAGUGUUUCAGGCAGAAAGUGGACGUUAUGCAUGCCAAAUAGAUUUGAAAACAAACUUCAAUGAGAUCCUUAGUAUUGUCAAAACCAAUGACAUUCACUUGGAAUUGGAGGUGUCUUUGCCAAAUGGCCUAACAGAUAACGUUUCUCUGAAAUUUGUUCCUGGUAUUAAAGUCUCGCCCGAAGCAUUUGUCUCGGACGAUGCUCCUGAACAGGACUUGACAAUUACCGGCUUAGACAAAGUGUUGCAAAAAGUUGAGGUUAAGCCAUCAGAUGCUAACUAUUUAAAAAUUUCAACACACACCAAGGCCCAUGGUACCAUUCAAUACAAAAUUGUAAUGCUGAAGCAACUACCCCUGGAUGAACAGAUUUUUGUUCAUGUAAUUUCACCAUCAACCAUGCAAGAUAUUCAAAUACCCGUCCUUGGCUCGACAACGCUGCAGAAGUGCUCUAGCAAACCGUUUAACACAUCAUCGGCCUUUAUGGUUAAGUUAUUAUCAAACAUUGGCUUAAUUGUGGUAGCCAUUGUUAUCCUGGCUGCCACUGUAUGGCUCUAUUUGUAUUUGAAUCCUUCAAGUGGCACUACUAAAAUUAACCCAGACGUUUUUUCAACUUCAAUGAAAAACAAAUCGCAGUUCUCACAGAGCAGCAGCUCAGGUUCACCCAUGAGUCCUUCCCCUCAAAGUAUGCGCUCUCCAUUUGCCAAUCGUGGUAGCCCGGAGAGUGUUGGCAGUUUAUCGCCUGGAAAUGAUUCCUUAGUUUAUGGUGACACAAGUAUAGUAUCCCCCCAAAAAAGGAUACAUCGUAGAUAUUUAUGAGAUGAUAUUCUGUAAUUUAUUUAUAUUUUAUGAGAAAACACCACGACUGCCACCACCACCACCACCGCCACUGCUACCAUUGCCACGACGACUGCUCCGCCACCAACCAUCCAACCUGCACUACAAACCGCCAACAGCAGCAGUAACAACAUCCACAUCAGUGUAACUAUAUACACUCCCCACAUGCUGUAUGCGACAGGGCCCUACAAAGUACUUACAUUUGCUCCUCUUCAAACCCCUUCCCAUAUCGCCGCCGAGGACAGCAGAGACGAGUCAGCACCAGUGAACGUGGGAAUCCGGAACCCCAUAGUCAUCGUCACCAAGGUUCGUGGUUUUUUGUACAACUUUCAGUAACUACGACAUCAACAUAAACAACAAAAAACAAAAAUAAUAACAAAAUAACCACACAACGACAAAAACAACAACUGUAACAGCCCUGUAUGACGAGAGUAUGUGUUACUUUAACUACUGCCAUAUACCAUAGACCUCUUACACUUAAGCUGAACUCACUCACAUGCACACAUGCACGUACACUCUCGGAAACAUAGAGAUGUACAAGGACAUGGACAUGUUAUGUUUAAUCCUUAGUUCCCAUACUGUUUUUUUUUUUCAUUCGUUCCUUUGUGUUUUUAUUUGUGCUUUGUGCUUCUUCUAAUGUAGGAGCUUACAUUCUAGGGUGUACCGAAAAUCAUUUGCUUAAACAAGGACCUCUAUUUUUUUACAUUCUUAUGUUUUGAGAAUGGCAAAAAUAGCAUCAUGGCACUACGGAAUAUCAUAUAUGUUUCAAAAUAACAACAGACCUUUUAAGCAAUUAAAUGGUUGCUGUUCGAAGUGAAACAAAAAGGUUUGGAAUGAUUCGGCGGUUAUUUGAAAGAGUAUAACAAUUAUUAUUAGUCUUAUAUCUAUAGACUAAUAAUAAUAAUAAAAAACGAGUUAAUUUUGAAAAGUAUAUAUUUGGAAUUAUGUUGAGUUUGAUUGCUGCACAAGUAAAUCUCAAAUCGUCAGAAUAGUAACUUGCGGAGAACUAUCUCCAAUGCCUUUUUGGUAGAAAAGCAACUUGAGCCUGCGCUGGUUCAUAGAAUUUACUUUCGGUAGCCUGGACCCGAUUUUAAAGUAUCUCAAAAAUUUUUAACUCUACCUUAUUUAUCCAAUAUUGUUGUUUUAAAUUCAAGCUCGAGGUCUUUUUGGUUUUUUCUCUUCUCUUUAUUAUUUAUGCAUAGAUAUUUCGCAUAUCAAUGAAACGCAUUUUCAUGAUAUGAUAUAUCAAACUUCGUAGUUAUGCGACCGUCUUCAACAGGGUAGUAAAGCAGACAACGACUUUUGAAGACGGUCGCAUAACUAUGAAGUUUUUGUUUUUCAUUUCGAUAUAUCAUAUCAUGAAAAUGCAUUUCAUUGAAAUGCGAAAUAUCCAUGCAUAAAUAAUAAAUAAAAGAGAAAAAACCAGAAAGACCUCGAGCUUGAAUUAAAAACAACAAUAUUUUAUUUCAAAAACAAAUUUUCAUUCGAAUUAUUGUUUACAACUUACUUUUCACAACGUACUCGUUCAAUUUUUAAGAGCAUUGUUUGUAUUGCCGACUUUGUACAACAAAAUAUUCCAUUAUUGCUUUUGUUGAUGAAUUACUGGAUUGAUGUGAAUUUAUAUUGAAGUUUAUGUAAAAUUCUUCAAAUAUACAGCCAAGAAUCGUAGGGCUACUAUUUUUACAGACAGAUAACCUUUUUGAAGUACACAUUUUCAGUGCGUAGUUUCCUUUCGUCUCAGAAAUUUCAUAUGAGUUUCCGAGACUACCCAAACUUGCUUUAUUGUGUGUUGACUUGUUCUAAAAUUUACUGUAAAUCCAAAAACUAAAUUAUACUUUUAAUUCAAUGUAAACAUAAGUUCAUUUAUAAACCGUGUAUCAUUGUAAUAAUCAUGCCUAUAAAAUGUAGAGUAGAAUAAUUUUAUGAUCCGUCUUUUCCCCUAUUUCUGUAAAAACCGCAUUCUUAGUUUAUUUAUUAGACUUUCUUAACAUUCUAAAACAAUGAGUUGCAUUUGACAGCUUAUGUCAGUCAUUGGUAUGAUUACACUUUUUAAAUUUAUAGGUUGAAGUUAUUUUAUAAUUAUUCAGUUUUAAUGUAUUUUGCAAGUGUAAAAGUAAACUAAAAAAACUAAUGAAUCAUCAAGACAAAAGUUAAGAUAGACAAGCACACAUAAUAUGUAAACUUUUCAAGAAGUUAGCCAAUUUUUGCCAAAGUAUUUCAUAUAAAUACUUCUUAAAUACGCUGUAGCAUUAUUUAAUUUAAUUUCAUGUAGAGAACUAAAAAAAAAAAAUACCAUCGCCUCUGGCCUGAUUAUAGAAAGUGUGUGUGUGAGAGAGAGAGACAGAUCAGUUGCCCUGCAGUAUGAGUAAAGCCGUCAUUCCAUCACUGAACCUGCAGGGCGCUUAUGCUUUUUGUUUUCUUGGAAUGUUCUUUAAGCUUUAAGGUCCAAGCUGUGAACCUAAUGCUGAACGAGAACUUACAGCAUGUUUUAUGAAAGAUGUUGACUCAUUAUACCAUGAAUUGCCAAUUUCCAUCACCAAACGACUCUAUAUUAUUACAUUGCCAACACCGCAUAGUGUUGCCAAAUCGAAAAAUUUUGAAAAUAAUUUUAGAACUUUUGAAUGUCAAUAUAGUCAAUGUUGAGCUGUUUUCCAAUAAGUAUGCAAGGUAUCGCAACUUCAUUAAGUAGUCUUCUAAACAUUGAAAGGAAAAUAGCACCAGGAAGUAAAGAAAGCAAUGAAAAAUAUUAAAGUUAUUUUAUUUGGAAAAAAAUGCAAAAUUCUGAUUCUUCCGAAAAUGGCCAAUCUGCACCAGUUUUCCAUUGAAUACUCGUAGAAUUUGAAAAAUUUCCAACGGUGUAAUAAAAUUUGCAAUCUGUUUACAAAUAGUAACACAACUUCAAAAAUACCGACUACACCUUGACUAAAAUAUAAAAAAAUGGUUAUAUGUCCUAUAACUCAUAAAUCGUUAGAGAUCCAGACAUUUUAGCAUUUUUUUAAGGGUUUUACGGGCUCCAUCUUUUAAAUAGGUGUUUAUUGGAAAACAUCUCAACAUUGUCUAUGUUAAGUUUCGUGUACAUAUCUUUAUCCGAUCAAAAGUUCUAAAAUUAUUACCAAGAUUUUUCGAUCUGUCAACAUUGUGCAUCGUGCUUUAUGGUUCAAAUAAAAUUAUCGGUUUUAAGGGCGGUGUCAGAUUCCCACCGUUUUAUUGAUAGGCCAUUGCUUGAAAAAAAAUUUCAUAGACGCUCAUCUUACAAAAUUUAGGUCAUGCAUAUUGGACCCAAACUUAACACAGGCAGUAAGACCUUGCAGCUCAUUGAAUAUUUCAAUAAAAAAAAACAAGCCCAAGCAUACUGCGGCUACAGUGAAUCAGUACUUGGGGAAAUGAGGAAGUAAGAAUGUUCCAUAUACAACAAGAAAAUUGGUGAAGAAGAGAAAGAAGUAAUUUUUUGCAAAAUCAUCACUUUCCACUAUUUGUAGGUGGUACAUUUUGGCUGGAAGUUCAAAAUGAAAAAAUUUAUGUACAUAUUAUGUCCAUUUCUCACCUGAUUUUAAUGAAUUUAGUGUAUAUUUGAUCUUCAAACACCAAUGCUUAAUAUAGUUGAAAUCGGUACUUUGUUUUAAUAGAACUACACAUUCAUCAAUAUCUGAAAUAGAAAUCUUGAGCUCAUAUAAGUCGUAUUUUUCACCUGGGAAUUAAGAACAGGGUGAGUUAUACGAUAGCUUUUUUUAAUAUGGUCUUUCACGUCUCACAUCUUGAUAAUGCUCCUAAAAAGUCAGAUUUUCGAAACAUUUCUUUAAGAUGACAGAAAGCGCAUAAGUUGAACUUGAUGUCUAAGAUUCCAGGCAGAAUACGCUCCACAUUGAUUCACAUCCAUAUUUAGGUCUAUUGCCUAUAUGGAUGAAAGUUUUUAAAUAUUUGAAAUAUAUUAGGCCGAUUUCCCUGUUGAUUGUGGGCCUGAGCAAGCUUAUCGGCUGUUAUCGCUUGAGAUCAAAGACUUUAGAAAUAUUCUCUGGAAAUCUAUGGAGUUCAUCGGUGGAUAGUGCUCACAUAAAACAAAGCUUAUAAUUCUUUAGGAUAAGAAGAAAAUUCAUAAUGCGGAACAUGGUCGAAAUUAAAUGGAAUGCAUUAAAAUCUAGUUAUCCCAGUUGUUGGACUAUACAAUUAAAUCACCUUACCUACAUUGAAUGACAAUCCAAGGACAAAAUGUUCAUGUUGAAAAGCAAUCUGUUUCCUACUUCGUCUGAUAUUUUUAUGGGAUACGACUCCAGAAUAUUAAAAUUGAACCCUAUUGAUCAAAUUGAACCCAGCUUGUCGUUAUAUGCAAAUUUUCCUUUACUACUUCGAAAGAAAUUUUCCAUUUAACAAGAAAUAUAUUUUUAACCCAUCUCGGUUCACCCUAAUGCACCUACACACGAAUACAGAUAAACUUGCACCCGGUCCUACAUCAUUUUAUACUGAUAUAACAAACACACAAGUACAUAAAUAUUGUUAAGAAUUGUAUUUAAGUUUAAGAAGACUCUUUUUGUAUUUUCAAGCAUUGUUUUAUUUUUUUUCUCUCAUUUUAUUUAUUUAUAUGUAAUUUUGUGUUUUUUUUUUUUUAUUUCUUUGAGCUAUAUCCUGUUUUGUUAUUUUCCCCCUAUUGUUGGGAUCCUUAUUAUUUUGUCCCCUAUGUGAAGCAAAAAAAAUGUACCCUUAAGUUACUCUACUCGUAUUUUUUUGUAUGACUUCAAGUGGCAUUAGUUUUAAGUUCGUUUUCAUCCAUUAACACUUAAGCAUUCAUUUCUAAGGACACGAAGUUACUAAUUGGUUAUUUUAAAAAUAAAAAAAAAAAACAACAAUUAAAUUUUCCUCAUCAAUCAACUACUUUUUACUAACUCUUUUUGCCAUACUGACAAUCUCUAGCAAUCUGUUUGGGUGGAAGUUUGAUUUUUUGUUGUACAUAUUUUUAAAUAUUUACUUGUUUUUCAUUCAGCAUUUCUAUAUGAACUGAUAGUGCACUCAACCAUAAAGAAAGUGACGUUUUUCCCCAGUGAGUACAUUUUCUCUCACAUUACAUAUUUCUUUCGAAAGUAGAAGACACAAACCGUCGUUUAUUGUUUGGGUUCAAUAGAAACAUUGCAUAAAAAUUAAAUAUUUGGUUACUGUAAAAUGUAUGUGAGCUCCUUUUAUGGUGGCAAAAAAAACCGAACUUAUUUGAAGCACUUUACGUCCAUAGUAUGCGUGAAACCCUAAGUAACAAAUAUAUUUGCUUUAUGACCUAAUUUGUGCCCCACGAGGUAUUUGCUUUAUCUUUAAAGUCUUAUCUCUUACAACCUUCGUCUUACAUUUUUAUUUUCCCCCUAUUUCAAUAAAAAGUUCUUCUAUUCAUUUGAGGGCCAUAUUCAAGCUAGGUCACAAUGUUAGCACCUUUGGCAAACUGUCGACAAAAAUUAAAAAAAAAAAUCCAUAUCAUCUAUUUCAGUUUCAGUUGGAAACGAGACCUAGCAUUACUCUACAAAGAAUCUUUAUGUGGAGACUCGAUAACUUUAGGUUUGUUUUAUUUUCCCAAUAAGCCGAUUUUCUCGCUUAUUUUGAUACAGACCAUGUAAAGAAGCAUUAAGUUUUGCUGAGCCGAACUUUGGAUACCCAUCACCUCGGGUAUAUAUGUAAACCACAUUUCGUCCCAAUCCAAUUAACUAUGCAUUAUUUAUGCGCCCUAUAUCGAAAUAUGGUCCGAUUUGGACCAAAUUAGUCAUGGACAUUGAGUGGGCUAAUAAAUACAAGUCACUGUUCAAUUUUGUUUUAACACAGUUUCGGUCUUUUCGAUAGCUAUAUCCAAAUAUAGACCGAAUAGGACACGGAUCUAGAAAAGGCUAACAUAAGUCACAGUCUUCAAUUUCAGCCAAAUCGGAUAAUAAAUACGACUUUUAUGGGGCCAAGACCUUAAAUCGAGAGAUCGGUCUAUAUGGCAACCAUAACCACGGUGGACCGAUCUGGACCGUCUCCAAGACGGACAUCGAGGGGCCUAACACAACUCACUGUCCUAAAUUUCAGGGAAAUCUGGCAAAUCUAGACCGAUCUGGGCCAAAUUGAAAAAAAAAUAUGUUGAAGGGCAUAACACAACUCACUACCCCAAUUGCAGCGAAAAUCGGUCAAUAAAUAAGUUGUCGUUGUUAUAUGUUGGUUUGCAAAGAGUGCCUUUCAACAACAAGUUUGUACAUUGGGUCGUUGAGAAUCGAAAAAAAUUGUUGCAGGAAAAUUAACAAUUUUCGUAGUUGUUUUUUCGACCAAAGUUGUUGUUUUUCAAAAUUAUUUUUAUUUGUGAGGGCUGUUUUAGCGGUGCAAAAACUACAUAACUCCAUCGAAUCUUCUCAAUAUCAAUAUUGCUUGUAAUAGGCCGAAAUGGAAUUUUAUUCUCAUGUUUGAGCAGGUGCUCCCAAAACAUCCUUGCAGCUAAUCGACAGUGUCCAUUAUUCCAGUACUGUAAUUAAUAAUCCGUGGAGCACAGGUUAUACGCCUUCUAAUUCCUUACAUAAUGAUAUAUGUCGAAAAUAUAAGACUUUCCUGGAAUUCUCACUCUUUUGACUAUUGACUGAUUGAAUUGGAGUGGAGAUAUUAAGCCGGAGUUGGAGAGCAGUUCGGAGUCGGGGAAAGCGUACUCAACUCCGAACUGAACUCCGGCCUAAUAGUUCGGGCUCGGCAAUAAAAAGGAGGUCCGAUACAUGUUUAAUCUCGAUUAUAAGUAUUGAGCUUAAACUUGCAUUGGACAGAAAUCACAUUAGUGAGAAGUAUCCUCGCAGUUCCUUAAUGAACUUUGGGCUAAAGCCUUUGUCACCAAAUAUAACAUCCAAAGAUUUAAAUCGAAUUUCAAUAAACACUACUGCCUCCUCUUUCCUCCUACCCAUUUUUGAACUAUCAGUCACCAACACAAUGCACUGCAUGUAGGGGGCAUGAACUGCUUGUUGCCAAAUAAAAACAGGGGUUUUUUGUGAUCGAUGAAUUUUCGAUGCUCAUAGGAUAAGAAGUUGUUUUAUAACUACAUAUAUAUGUGGAGAUAGCUAUCGUCAAACUCCAUAGGUGAUCCAGAUUGUUUCGGACCGAUCGCCGUAAAGCGCCAAUAACUCGUCUUGUCAUGUCGAGUACUAUAGGCAAAAACCGGUGCUGGUCGGACUCUCACUGAGACUCUCCACAGAGCAUUCCACUCUCCGCAACCUAUGUACGCGGUAGCUUCCAACUGAAUUCGUAAUGACGAUGAACACAUGUCGGAGCUCAGAGUUCUAACCCGUGUGGUGCUGAUAGUUAUUCCCUGGCGGGAAGUCUAUUAAAAGUCGGGUGGUUAGGCAAUGGAUAGAAUUAUGGGGAGCUGGUUUUGCUUAUAUAUAUUUUUUUUGGUUGAGAAUAGAUUAAGGUACAAUACAACCAAAACAAAAAGUUUUUAGGAUUUUUUUCGGUAUUUGUUGUGAAAGUUCCAAGUAUUUUUCAUAUAUUGGGUUGCCCAAAAAGUAAUUGCGGAUUUUUCAUAUAGUCGGCGUUGACAAAUUUUUUCACAGCUUGUGACUCUGUAAUUGCAUUCUUUCUUCUGUCAGUUAUCAGCUGUUACUUUUAGCUUGCUUUAGAAAAAAAGUGUAAAAAAGUAUAUUUGAUUAAAGUUCAUUCUAAGUUUUAUUAAAAAUGCAUUUACUUUCUUUUAAAAAAUCCGCAAUUACUUUUUGGGCAACUCAAUAUUAUCCCUAGGAUAAAAUUUCACCAAAAUUGUGUAACAAUUGCGGCUUCCAGAGACUUAAGAUACCAAAUCGGGAGAUCAGUUUAUUUGGGAGCUAUAUCAUGCUAAUAGCCGAUUUGGACCGCAUUUAACACGGUUAUUAGAAGUCCUUAAAGAACAUUCCGUAAAAAAAUUACAGCCAAAUCGUGAGAUCGGUUUAUAUGAAACGAUAAGGGCCAAAGCUUAACUGCAAAAUUGCAAAGUGGAUAUCUUGAUUCGAUCGACCGCUAUCGCUAUCCCGGAGUGAACAUCAGAAAAUUUUUCGGCGGUGGUUUUCCCCUUACAAAUGCUGGCAACAUUUGUGAGGUAUGUUGCCAUGUUAAAUCUUCUUCACCAAGUGGCGUCGGUAUGCGGCACGCCAUUCGGACUUUCCAUAAAAAAGAAGGCCCCGUAUCAUUGAACUUAAACUUUAAUCGGACUGCACUCAUUGAUAUGAGAGAAGUAUCCCCUGUUCCUUAAUAGAAUGUUCAGGUAUAUUUAGUUAGUAUCGUGAUUUCCACCAUCCUAUGCUGGUGGGUAUAAUAAAAUAAAUGAAUAAAAAUAAAAUAUUUACUUCAACGAAUAAAUUUUAUAAUUUCAUAUAGACCAAUCUCCCGAUUGUAUUAAUUGAGCCCCUAAAGGGUGCAAUUCGAUAAGGCUGAAAUUUUACACGACUUCGUUCGACCACCAACAUUUAUACCAAGUAUGGUGUGCAUUGGACCACAACCUGAUAUGCCAAUGUAAGAACCUAGUGAACCCAACGUUCAGAAUUCGGUCAGAAGUCUGUACGAAAGUCACAAAAUUUAUCCGAAUUCGGAUUCGAAGUCCUAUCUGAAUUGUUAACGAACAAUAUAUGGAGUGGUUGGCACGACUUCGGAACGAAACAUCGGAGGGAAAUCUGAUGUUUCUGACAGAAUUCUGAACCAAAACUAUGGGAAAUUCGAGUUGAGUUUUAAUGAAACGGAUGUGUUUUCUGACUUGUCUUAUCGAUUUCUGGCAGAAAGUAUAUUAUCAUAUCAAUCAUAUCAUAUUCAAUUUCUUACCAAAUUCUGGAAUAAAUAUUUGUAGAAUUCGGAAAGAAUUUCCGACUUGCCUUAUCGAAUUCUAACCAAUUCUGAAAGAAUUCUUACAGUAUUCGAAUGUGUUUUUCGGCGGUUCGAAUUGUAAAUUUGCUCUUGAACAUUCCAUUAAGAAUCUCCUUUUUAUAGCCGAGUCCGAACGGGAGAAGUUUUGACAUAGGCGAGCAUGCUAACCCGAACAAAUAUAUGGAAACAAACAAGCACAAAAAAAGAAAAAGA